CCGACCGCGGCGGCUCUAAGACACCAAUUGCUGGAGCUAACCGAGCAAUAAUCGUUACCCGAUCGAUCAAUCAAUCAAUCAGCCCAAGAAGUCGAUUCGAUGGGUCCAGUGACAGAAUAAGAAACGCAACUUUACCCGGCUUGAGAUCUUUCGUGUUUGCAGCGUUAUUAAUACACCAGGCGCGUGCGGUAACGUAUCAUAUCGAUAUAUUAUCAUCAGCAGAAUUAAUACAUUCGCAGUUAUUAGUGCUGCCAACUGUACAAAUACGACACACGUUUUUGUAGGAAAAAAAGUGCAGAAAAACGGUUUUCCAGUAACUUCCUUUCAGGGUUACUACGCUGUGACUGUCCCGACCGCUGUGUUCGAGGACGUAACCGGGUUCGAGACUCAUCAUGCUGGAUCCCCGGGCUCCUGGAGCGGUGCGCUGGGCACCGAUCGCAUACUGUACUGUACCUUCCGUUUGAACUGCGGGGAACUUGCGUUCCGUCAGUUGUUAGAGUCGCUGCGUUGCAGUGGGAGGACCCCGGUUCGAAUUCCACAUGCUGGGGCAGUAAAAAAGAAAAGGGACAAAGAACAAUAUGAAUCUCUCUCUCUACCCUUGAUCCAGGUACUUACCCUGAAUUGCCGCAGUUAAGAACGAUCCAGCUGUAAAAGCCUGAGGUAAAUCGGUGUAACUAAGCAGGUUAACACUGCAAGUCAGUCGCCGGCUGUGGAGACAAAAGGCUGAGCUAAAUUUAAAAAAAAUGAGAGCGCAACUUCGCGUGCGUUUGGCUCGAACACAAAGCUCAGCUUCACACACGCGACGCCCCGUCCUAGUAGUGCGCGCGCGGCUUUGCCGCCCACGUGCGGUGCUCGUGAGCCGUCCGUGACGCAGGUGGAAACUGGAAGGACAGGUAGGACAAGGAGGUACGAGGUAAGAGGUACUGCCAGCAGUGUGUUGGUGAAGUGUGUAGGAGGAAAGCCGCCGCCGCCAGAGCGUCCAUCCGUCCAUCGGCUGCUGGCGGCUGAUCCUGCGGGGAUCCAACGCGCGUGAAGUGGACCGAAGCUCAGGCUCGGUGUCACCGGAUCAGCGGGGUGUCCGUCCUGUCGGUGGCGCUCCUGCUCCAGGACACAUCUCCAGGACCCCCCCCCUGCCCCCGGCCUAUGGAUCCCUGGAAAGAGGCACCCGAGAAGUCCAGCUGUGGGGCGACAUGGCUCACACUGCUGCUCUGUGCCUUCGUGCCCAGGCUGUGGGCUGAGUUUUUGGAGCCCCCACCAUCCCUUUCUCUGCACUCCUUAGCAGAGACGCAGACUCGACUGCCCUGUGUCUUUGUGGUGCAAGAGGGGCAGGUGGUGCAGGUGACCUGGACCAGGGAGCAAUUGGACGGCACUAGAGACCAGGUCAUCACUGCACACGGUACAGAGGGACGCACAGAGUUUGGCCGGUUCUCAGGACGAGUGCGCUUUGAGGACAGCAACCCCCUGGGGAACGCCACCCUGGUCAUCCUGAGCACAAUGGUGUCCGAUGAAGGGACGUACACCUGUCACAUCUCAGCCUUCCCCUCGGGGAACUUUGAGAGGCAGAUCUCACUCACAGUGUGGACCAAACCCAUCUCAGCUGUGGACCCGGUGGAGUUGGUGGAGGGACAGUCUCUCCGUGUGGCCGCCACCUGCCGCUCCCUGGCCCACCCCCUACCCGGCCUUUCUUGGGACACGAAUCUGACGGGUCGGUCCCAGAACCGGAGCCCAAGCGGUGGUGCCACGUCCAUCACCUUCUCGGUGGAACCUGUGCGCAGCAUGAAUGGGAAGCAGCUGGACUGCCUGGUAUGGCACCCCUCGCUGCAGCAGCCCCACAGGAUCCUUAACCGCCUUGUGGUACACUACCCCCCUGAAGCCACGAUCACCGGCUACGAUGAGCAUUGGUUUGUGGGACUGGAGCAUGCUUCGCUCACAUGCAAGAGCAACGGGAAUCCAACACCGCAGAACUUCACGUGGAACAGGGACAACGGGAUCCUGCCGGAUGGAGUGCAUGCGCAGGGCAAUGUGUUGCAUUUCAGCCGGCCCCUUCUCGACACCGAUGCAGGCAUCUAUGAAUGCACCGCCAGGAACAGUGUGGGGAUGGCAAAGGACAGCCUGGUGAUCAAACUGGCAAAGACGAGUCGAAGUGCAUCUGUCCUUCAAAGCCCAGUGACCAUCAUAUUGUGUGGGACUGCGGGGGCGCUGCUGAUGAUUACUGUGGUCUCCGUUGCCGUGGUGACAUGCUACUACAGGCAUAAAAAGAAGAAGCUGGAGACUGAGCUGAAUGAAAAGACAGAGGAAAUAGUCUCUCUGUCCAGACAGAACUCCGUGAGGAGACUCAACUCCAUCAACUCCGACCCUCGCAUACAGAUGGAGGAGAACAUUCCUCUCCGACCAGAGAGCGCCCUGUCUUCUCACAGGGACUUCUGCCGCCGAACAGACAGUUACUCGUCACAGACAGGAUGGCGGCGCAGUAGAGCGGGAGAGUGCUAUAAUGCCACCCUUCAACCUACGCCAUCCAACUCCUUGUGGCAGCGUGAGAUGGAAAGGACAUCAGAUGUGGAGAUGGACAGGGAGCAAAACCAGAGCAGGCAGAGAGCGGAGUCCUUGAGGAACCUCAAGACAUCUCCGGUGGAGACCUGUGCUUCUGGACUUUGCAAACUGCAAGACAUGGAGUCCAGAGACCAGUCAUCUCUGAGAACCAGCGUUACUGAAGUCAGGGGAUUACAGGGUCUGGAGUCCAAAAGCUGGCCAUCCCCCUCAAGGAACAGUGUAUCAGAGGGUGAGAGAUCACAACCCUUGGAUUCCCAAGCCUUGGGAUCCCCAGGAAAGACCAAGGAGGACAGACAGGAGCACAGGUGGGAGGAUGCUGAGGGAGAAGAGGAGGACAGCAAGACUAGCAUCAGUGAGAUCUCCCAGGCCAUUUCAACAUACUUCCACUGCAGUAACGGCAUCUUCCAGCCCAAGCGCCAUUCCAACGCGAUCCUCAUUGACCCCAGGGGUCAGAUCAUCUAGAAUGAGAGCGACUAACUUCAGCUAUACAACCUAAAUGUGGAACUUCACCAACAGGCAACAGCGGAGGGGCAGCGGUCAAUGAACAUGGGCAUCUGUGGCCACAAAGUUCAUUUCUGAGCUUUGGAAGAACAAUGUGGGCACUGUUUAUGGCAUCUUUCACCUAAGCUUUGUUUUGUGGACGUUGAGGCUAAACAAACAACAUUACAUUAUCUGGUACUUGGAUUGUGACAUGAAGGUUGGGCAGUGCCCUGAGCUAAAGAACUCAGACUGAUCCAGUAGAACACAAGUGCUCUGAUAGAACAUUGGAAUAGAAAAGAAAUCAUAAUAAAAAUGGAACUGUCAAAUAAUUGUACUGUUUUAUCAAAACAAGCAUGGUUUUCGUGCCUCAAAAGGAAUAACGGUCUUCCUGAAGGUCGGUGAAGUUGUGUGGUCGCCUGUCAGCGGUCUCCUCCAGGUGGUCACCGGGUGCAUUCAGCUCUGAGAGCAGUGCUCCUGUCUUACCAGGGUACACGAAGACCACUUAAAAACUCACCUCUGCUGGCUUGUCCCGGUAAUCUCCCAGCACUUUUUCAAGUAACUGAAUUCGUGCCAGUUUUGCUGUGUUCCCUCUCCAUGUCUAUACACAUAUGACAUACUGCACAUGUAUUUGUUCUCUUCCGUCAAUAAAAGCUGUGGAGUGGAUGGGAGUGACUGCUCACCAGUCACUCUUUUCCCUGUGUUAUCAUUACUUUUACUACAUUUAUUGGCUGUAGGACAAUUUCUAUAUACGUUUGCUCAUUUAAUGUAUUGUAAAAAUGUAUACUGAAACGUGUAUUGCUCACUUACACUGAUCCAUUCAUGUAGGAAUGGAUAUUGGUUUGAAAAGAACCUCUUUUCAGCUGUUUACACUUUAACUGACCUUUUGAAGUAUUCAAGGGGGUUUACAAUGGAAGUACUACACAGUUUUCAUAUUAUAAAACUUUUUUUUUUUUUUUUUUGGCAAUUUAGAUAUCAUGCAGUACCGUCCCAACAAUUUUGUUUUCAUUUCUGUGAAACGCAUCAAAACUGUGACCAUCACCUGUGUAAAUUUGCAUUUACAAAUAA